ACCGGAUAUACUUUAAAGUAAAUGGGUAAAUACAGUUCUGUACGGAAGUGCGGACUGCAAAAACAGUUUUCCAGAAACUCAGUCAGUCAGGCAGACAUUCUCCAUGUUCUCACCUUCCAAGAUGGCACUCACAACCUCGUGUCCUCUCUCCUCCAAAUCUCCUCUCUUCCACCACCAUCGCCGCCCUUCUCUCCUCCCCACCACUCGCAAACCCAUUAUCACAGCCGUCCAUUCAGCUGAUCCGGCCAAGUCCAACCCAUCAACAGCAUCCGCUGCCGCCCCUUCAAUCUCCACAAAAUGGGCUACUGACAGCUGGAAAACAAAGAAGGCUGUGCAACUCCCGGAAUACCCAGAUGAAAACGAUCUCCAAUCGGUCCUCCAGACGCUCUCGACGUUUCCUCCAAUUGUCUUCGCCGGGGAGGCGAGGAGCCUUGAAGAGAAGCUGGGACAGGCUGCCGUUGGCAAUGCUUUCUUGCUCCAAGGGGGUGACUGUGCCGAGAGCUUCAAGGAGUUCAAUGCAAAUAACAUUCGUGACACUUUCAGAGUCCUUCUCCAGAUGGGUGUCGUGCUCAUGUUCGGCGGACAAAUGCCUGUCAUCAAGGUGGGAAGAAUGGCUGGUCAGUUUGCAAAGCCAAGAUCAGAGCCAUUUGAGGAGAAGGAUGGUGUGAAGCUGCCAAGUUAUAGAGGUGACAAUAUAAAUGGUGAUGACUUUGAUGAGAAAGCUAGAGCUCCAGACCCCCAUAGGAUGAUUAGGGCCUAUUGCCAAUCUGUUGCUACUUUGAACCUUCUGAGAGCAUUUGCCACUGGAGGCUAUGCUGCCAUGCAGAGAGUCACCCAAUGGAAUCUAGACUUCACAGAGCAUAGCGAGCAGGGGGACAGGUACCGAGAACUAGCUCACAGAGUUGAUGAGGCCAUGGGUUUCAUGGCAGCUGCUGGACUCACAGCUACUCACCCUGUCAUGACAACAACUGAUUUCUGGACUUCUCAUGAAUGCUUACUCUUGCCUUAUGAACAAGCACUUACCAGGGAGGAUUCUACUUCUGGCCUUUACUACGACUGCUCUGCGCACAUGCUUUGGGUCGGGGAACGCACCCGCCAGCUUGAUGGUGCACAUGUUGAGUUCCUAAGGGGAGUUGCUAAUCCCCUUGGUAUCAAGGUGAGUGAUAAGAUGGAUCCAAAUGAGCUAGUUAAGCUCAUAGAGAUUCUAAACCCUCACAACAAGCCAGGAAGAAUAACAGUUAUUGUAAGGAUGGGAGCUGAGAAUUUGAGAGUGAAACUUCCCCCUCUGAUCAGGGCAGGCCGUAGAGCUGGUCAAAUUGUCACUUGGGUUAGUGACCCCAUGCAUGGCAACACAACCAAAGCACCUUGUGGACUGAAAACCCGUUCCUUUGAUGCAAUUAGGGCUGAGGUGAGGGCAUUUUUUGACGUGCACGAUCAAGAAGGAAGCUACCCUGGAGGAGUUCAUCUGGAGAUGACCGGGCAAAAUGUAACUGAGUGUCUUGGAGGCUCACGAACUAUAACCUAUAAUGAUCUGAGCUCACGAUAUCACACCCAUUGUGACCCGAGGCUUAACGCUUCUCAAUCUCUAGAGCUUGCCUUCAUUAUUGCAGAGCGGCUGAGAAAGAGAAGGCUCAAGUUGCAUUACUCUCCAAUAUCUACCAAGCUCUAGAAGGAUUCGGUGGCCCUGAAUGGUAUGCUUAGGGAUAACUAUUCCAAGUAGUUCGACGGCUACUCUUUCCUAUAGGAUGGUUAAAAGCAUUUUGAACCUCUAUAAAACCCAGACUUCAGAAGGAUGUCUUGGAAUGGGUAUGGAACCUAUAAUGGUAUUUAUACAUGUAAAAAUGUCAUAAAUGGUUGUUUAUAUGUUUGAAGAAGAUGCACAUUUUAUGUUGCACUUGGAAGUUUGAAUAUAUAUGAAGAACUUUG